AAAAUAAACAGAACUCAGAGGUCAUGUGAUAGCGAAGUCUGAAGGACAAAUCUUGAGUGAUCUGUAGGGACGCUGCGAAGCUCCAGCAUCAGACACAAUCAACGGGAAUAUUUGAUAAAAAAUUGCUACAGGCAGAAAGAACAACAAGCUAGUGUUCAGUUCAAGGAUUUUAUCAAUGUGGAAAAGUGCUCUUUCCUGUUUAUUCUAAUUAAAAUAUCCGCCUGAUUGCAACCAACCAGCUAUGAAGGAGCUGGAAAUGCCACAAGUCAACGAGCUGCAAGGCGACGACAACUGCAUGGAAACAGGACAUCCGGACCCCCCGGGUGUCAAGAAGACAGACAAACUGCCACAGAUCAUGGCUACCAUGGCAGCCAACAUGAUCGUGUUCUCGGCCGGGACGCUCCUGACUUGGACUUCGCCCGCUGCUCCAAUGCUGCAGAGCCAUGACAGUCCUUUCAAGGUCACAGAUCGAGAAGCCUCUUGGGUGGGGUCCUUGUUGUCGCUCGGCGCGGCAUUUGGUGGCCCUCCAUUCGGCAUGUUGGUCAACAAGGUUGGCCGCAAGCUGGCUAUUUUGGCACUCUCUCUGCCGAUCACUUUGAGCUGGAUCCUCAUCGUCUGUACUACGUCGGUUACCUGGUUGUACAUCGCGAGAUUCGUGUCCGGCCUCACUUUGGGAGGAGUGUCUUUCGUCAUUCCAAUUUACGUGGCCGAGAUUGUGGAGCCAUGCGUCAGGGGACCUCUCAGCGCCCUUUUCCAGGUGGGUUUCAACAUCGGCAUACUGUACGCUUACACGGUUGGUGCCGCGGGCCACUACAUGCUUCUGAACCUCAUGUGCCUUGCUGUCCCCAUCCUGUUCGUUCUUCUCUUCAUCUGGAUGCCAGAGACUCCCCAGUAUCUCCUUUCUAAAGGCAAGAGCGCAGAGGCAGCGAAAUCUCUACAGUGGCUCAGGGGAAGAGACAAUAAUGUGGACCACGAGCUUCAACAGCUGAAGGAAGACGCGGAGACGGAUGCCAAGAACAGGGGAUCCUUCAAGGACGUGCUGACAAGCCCUGAAUCUGUGAAGGCGCUCGUGAUAUCGACGGGGCUCGUCGGAUUCCAACAGCUGGGUGGCAUCUGUGUCGUACUGUUCUACACGGAGACCAUCUUCAAGGCAGUCGGCAGCACCAUGUCUGCCAGUCUAAGCUCCGUCAUUGUCGGCGUCGUCAUGCUUAUAAUGUCCUUCUGCAUCAUGCCAAUUAUGGACCGCGCCGGCCGACGCGUCCUGCUUCUGGUAUCCUGCAGUUUCGACAUGUUGAGUCUGCUGGCGCUGGGUCUCUACUUCUUCCUGAAGGAGCAACUCCAGCAAGACGUGAGCGCUAUUAGCUGGUUACCUCUCCUGUGCCUCAUCUUAUACAUCAGCGCCUACUGCCUGGGCAUUGGCCCCCUGCCUUGGAUCGUCAUGUCCGAGGUGCUACCCCCCAACGUGAAGGGCAGCGUGGGGGCCAUAGUGGCCUCGUUUUGCUGGAUAACUUCCUUCAUCCUCACCAACAGCUUCCAGACUUUCACUGAUUAUGUAGGGAGAUACUGCGCUUUCUGGUUUUUCGCACUGAAUUCCGGACUUGCCACAUUGUUUAUUUAUUAUAAAGUCCCUGAAACUAAGGGGAUAUCCUUGCAAGAAAUCCAAGAAAGACUAGCCGGUAAAAGAAGGGAAAUUUCUACUGGAUCGGCUUGACUCCAACGUGCAGUGGUUUAGUCGAAAUGUACAAAAUCGAGGAAAUAAAUAAUCUCCGAUUCCUUAAUUCCCAAUAA